AUGUCGCCGGCUGCAGCCGAUCUGAUUCAAGAAAAGGGCGCUUUGUCACUGCCGUCGGCUUGCUUGCGGAAUGCUUUGUGGCAAGCAUAUCUUCGGUCGGUUCAUCCGUUCCUCCCACUGCUGGAUGUGGAAACGGCUGCCACGAUCAUGCAGCAUGGCGAUCGGUCCAAAGGGCAGUACAGCCUCCUCUUGUUCCAUGCCAUCAUGCUGGCGGGCACGCAUUCAGUGGAUAUGGAGUACCUGCGGAGUGCAGGCUAUACCUCGAAAAAGGCAUGCCUGCACAACACGUUCGAAAUUGUCAAGCUCCUAUACGACCUGGAUUAUGAACAAGAUCGUAUCUGCCUGAUCCAGUCUCUUCUGCUCAUGACUUUGUGGUAUCGUAGCCCUGACGACCACAAAGACCCCUGGCACUAUGUCGGGCUCGCGGUGUCUCUUGCGAGGAAAACAGGUCUUCACCGGGAGUCUACCAUUGCGGCUGCAGCCCCUAACCAAAGGCCUUUAUUGAGAAGAUUGUGGUGGUGUUGCGUGUUACGGGACUACAUGAUCGGCUAUGGCAUGAGUCGGCCAGUUCACAUUCACCUCGACAAAUGCACCGUCUCAAUGCUCACAAUGGACGACUUUGUCUCUCAUCCCUUAAUCUCUCGGCCACCCUUGGUUGUGGCAUCGGCGGAGUUGAACAAUUAUGAGCAAAAGGGGCGCCACUUGGCCGUCAUAUUUCUUCAAUUGGUCAAGCUCUGCAAGAUUGGGCAUGAUCACCUGGAGCUCCAGGACACCCAAGGAUUGGAUGACGGUGGAGGCAGACAUCAUGAUAUCGCCAAUUUACGCAGCGAUCAUACCGAAGGGAGCACAGAAGAUCGAAUCGUUCAGAAAGCCGACGCAGAAUUGGCAACAUGGUUCGCAGAGCUGCCCGACGAAGCUGCCCCGAAACUACCAUCCCCUGGAGGCUUCGGCCUGGAAGACGAUGUUUUGGUGCAACACCACUGCCUCCUCCACAUGCUCUACCAUACCGCUGUCAUUACCGUCCACCGCAAGCAUCUGGUACCUCCUGACGGUUCCGUAUCUGAGGCCGACCUUGCUGCCGCAGCUGCUGCUCGGGCUAAGGUCCGCACGUCUGCACGCGAAAUUACUGGCACCUGUGAGAUGCUCAAGGCUCAGGGCUUGAUGAAUGAGUUGCCCAUGCCCUUUAUGCCCUGCAUAUUGGUCACCACUAUUGUCCAUCUUCUGGAAAUAAAGUUUGCUGGAGACCGUCCGGAUCCUUUCAAUGUGAAGUCUCUGGCCUUGUUCACUCGCAUAUUAAGAGAAGUCGGAAGCAAUGUAUCCUACAUGGAAUGGUCUUUUGCCUUCAUCCAGUCCGCAUGCCAAACGGCGAAGAUUCCAAUGUCCAUGACCAAAGGUAACGCCGAUCAACCCGACGUUGCUUCUGUUGGAAACGCCCUUGAAUCCCGGCAACCUGCUCUACGGCCAAACAUAACGAACCCAGUGGUGCCUGGCGACCUAGGCCCGAUAUCAACACUUACUCCAUCACCAGAAGCGGAGGUCACUUAUCCUCCCGUGUCAUCGCCGGCACCUCCUCAGGAAGACGACCUGGGAUUUGGUAUCGGUCUGCCCAGCCCCUUUGACGACAAUUCUUUCGAAGUCGACUACUCUUUCCUACAGAAUCCAGCCGACCCAAGCUGGUCUCUUGCCUUUGACACAGCGGGGAGAGAUCUUCCCACGGGUUACGGCGAGAUUCUCAAUACAUGCCUCACAGAGUCGAGUAAUUUUCGGCAGACCGAUCAUCCAGACCCGAUUGCUCUCGACCCGUUUCUGCCCGACCUCCCGAACAAUGGAUUCAAGAGUCGUGUGCCGAACGAAAGUGGUUGGCCGCACGACGCGGCCGCAAUGGACUAUAAUGAGGGCAUGUGUUUUGAAGACGUGGAACUCUAUAUGUUAUCGAGGGACUGCUGA